UUACGUCGGACACGCCUUAAAUGACAGGCUUCUUUUUUGUACUGAACUACUUAAUAGUCUCAGGGGUUUUAAGUAACGCGUUUGCUAAAAUGUCAGCCGAACGUCUCGCUAAAAUCCCCGAGGUUGAUAUAGAUCCGAAUGGCGUGUUUAAAUAUGUCCUCAUACGCGUGCACAGCAAAACUGACGACGAGUCACAUGUGGAUAUUGUGAGAGGAUACGCAUGGGCCGAGUAUCACGCUGAUAUAUAUGAUCGUGUUUCUGGAGAGCUGGAGAGAGCAGGUGGGGUGGACUGUGAAUGUCUCGGAGGAGGACGGAUCAAACAUAACAGCGCUGAGAAAAAGAUCCACGUCUAUGGCUAUUCCAUGGGCUUCGGAAAAGCAAAGCAUGCCGUUUCCACUGAGAAAAUAAAGGCUUGUUACCCAGACUACGAGGUCACUUGGGCAGAUGAGGGGUAUUGAGAAGUUGUUCCCAACUUGUUUGUCUUAACAGAGCAAUGGACUGUUUCAGGUUGUGCCAAAGUUGGAAAAAACAUGGACAUAUUUACAUGAUUCAGAUGUGGAUUGAUAAAACGACAAAUUUUUACAUUAAAACCAGAGGUCAUUUUCUUUA